AUGUCCAACCAUAAAAUAAACUUAUGGAAUCUGACAAUCAAAAUCAUUUUUUUAUUACAAACUAUAACUGGAAUUUUGGGAAAUUUCUCUCUUCUUAUACAAUAUCUAGUCUGCUAUACAAAACACAGGUUAAAACACACAGAUUUGAUGCUCAUGCACCUCUGGGGAGCCAAUGCCUUGAUAGUUCUUUUUACAGGAGUGCCCCACACAAUGGCAGCCUUUGGACUGAAGCAGUUUUUAAAUGACUUUGGAUGCAGAUUAACUUUGUACAUUCAAAGAGUAGGCCGGAGUGUGUCCAUUGGCACCACCUGUUUUUUGAGUGUCUUCCAGGCCAUCACCAUCAGUCACAGAGAAUCCUGCUGUAAUGAUCAAAAAGCCAAAGUUGCAAAGUACAUUGGCUGCUCCAUUUCCCUUCUCUGGGUCUUGUCCAUGUUUAUCCAUUUCAUUUUCUUUAGGGAAAUAUUUCUCAAAAGGAAUAGCAAAAACAUGACAAGAAAGCUAAAUUUUGAAUACUGCUCCGUUGUCAACCGUGGUGAAAUGAAUGAAACACUUUAUGUAGCAUUAGUGAUGUGCCCUGAAAUCGUUUUUUCUGUGCUCAUGGCCUGGUCCAGUGGCUCCAUGAUUGUCAUUCUGUACAGACAUAAAAAGAGGGUUCAACAUAUCCACAGCUCUCAGGUUUCCAACAGAAACUCUCCAGAAUCCAGAGCCACCCAAAACAUACUGUCCCUAGUGUCUUCCUUUCUGGCCUUUUAUAGUCUCUCCUCCAUCUUACAAGGUUGCAUUAGUCUUUCACAUAAUCACAGUUGGUGCCUGUUGAUGGUCACUAUCCUCAUAUCUCUCUGUUUUCCAACUUUUGCACCCUUUGUUCUCAUCAACUACUACUCUGUUCUGCCCAGACUCAGUUUGGUCUGGAUAAGCAAAAAUAGUAGCAAACCAGUGAGACCAAGUCAGCCUGCAGUGACCAUGAAAACUUAUCACCUCCUCAUAAGACAUUAUCCUUUUGGAGAUAUUAACAAGAAACCCUUAAGGAUCUGUUUAAAUCAGGAAGUAGACAAACUGUCAAGAAUGAUUUUGUCUCCCAAAGCCAGUCCUGUCAUUGCCACUGCAGAUGAAAUAGAAAUUGUCAUCCUGGAGGAAGGUGAGUGGAAGCAAAUAGACACAGAAAUGCUAAAUUUUGAACCAUGUGGUACAUAUCCUUUUUAG